AUGUCGGCACCAGGGAUGAGUUGGAAGAUGUUCAUUAUGGCGGGCACAGAGCGUUCGAUUAUACGACCGCUACGAACACUCGACGACAGAACGACCAUACAAUAGAGACGACUACUGUCGACCAUCUUAUUGCACACUCAUCACCAGAGCCCAUCGCACAAAAUAGUCUCGCCGCUACGCCCCGCCUGACGUGGAGCACCUCGUGCAUCCUGGAGACGUACAGGAGCUUCCUACACGAUCUAUAUUUUUUCUACAAAAUUAAGGCGUCCGUUUAUUGCCUAGCGCUCGCGCCCACCCUUGUCAAAAGGCCAAUCCGUUCGGAGAACCGGAGUCGUGUUGUAAGGUUAAAUAUUGUGAAAAAGCCAGACAUGUCGGUGGCAGAGGUCGAGGCAGCUAGCCACCAAUCUAGAGAGCCAUCUGUGAGGGCUCCCAAGCUUCAUGAACUCAACAGCAACGCAAGACUACAUUUCCAUCACGGAGAAGACGAGACGAUUCGAGGACGAGCCGAGAGCUCCUCUCAAUCCCAAACACGGUUGGGUUGUGACGACAAGGACGACUCUCGCGUCCCGCAUCCUCCUCCUUUGGUGUGCUCGGACAGUUGGGUGUUGACGGGGGGGAGAGGACUGUCUCUACCGGACAGUCGUAGUGGCUGGGGGGAGAACUGA